AUGAGCUCCGUGUCCACCUCACCUCUGGCUUCUGCCACAGCGACGGCACUAGAGGAGCUCAGUUUGCAACCCUCCUGGCUGGGAGGUAUUGGGAGAAUGGGUCUGUAUCUCAUAGGCAUCGUCCCAGGCCUUCUUUACUGGAUAAUUACCUGCAUCUCCAUCACAAUGCCUACAUUUCUAUUUACCCUGUUCUCGACCAGCUUGACAGUUACCAUGAAUGCUACUACUCUUAUGUUAAUAAUGCUAGCUUUCAUGUCGACCAUAAGCUGGUUCGUCAGAUAUAGGUUUCUAAACAUGUAUGCGCGUUUACCUCCUGAACCGCAACGCAAGGAACCACAGAUCGAUUUAUACCCGGAUACACAAGAGGAGGGUUCGAAAUCUGGAUUUUCCAACUAUUUGGACGAGUUCCUAAGUGCAAUCAAAGUAUUCGGAUAUUUGGAGCGGUCGGUUUUUCACGAGCUCACACGAAGUAUGCAAACACGGAAGCUCAUAGCAGGGGAAACGUUAAAUCUAGAAGAAGAAAAGGGCUUUUGCCUUGUUGUCGAUGGACUAGUUGAGAUCUUUGUGAAGUCAUCUAGAGAAAGUCGCGGUUCUGAUUCCGAAACUGUGACCUUCGACCCAAAAGACUCUUCUGACAGUGGUGAUGAUCACAACACAGGUGCAGGGCACCAGAAGUACCAACUUUUGACCGAGGUGAAAAAUGGAGCGCCAAUGUCCUCCCUAUUCUCGAUACUCUCGCUGUUCACUGAAGACGUCAAGCUAAGACAUACGGAAGACGAGGAAGUAGAGUCUGGGACUUCAACCAGUGGAUUCCGCCAACAGCGAUUCCCGUCGAGUGCUGGCUUCGAAUUUGAUCAAAAUCAACAUGACAUUCCGCCGUCGCUGCCAAACAGCCCAAUAUACGGGGCAUCCGUAGACGGAGCCACAUCAUUUAGACGAAAGGAUCGAAGGUCGUCGACCAUGGCAAGUUCUAGUGGUGGUGGCGCGCUUCCGAUUAUUCCUCCUCUGUCACUCGAUGGUGGAGUCAAACCGAAACCCAGACCUAAACCUAGAAGAAACCAGACAUACUCUGCCCACCCCGACAUCGUCGCCAGGGCUACGGUUGACACCACGAUUGCCAUCAUCCCAGCGAGUGCGUUUCGUCGUUUAACGAGGGUGUAUCCAAAGGCUACUGCACAUAUUGUGCAGGUAAUUUUAACUCGACUUCAAAGAGUGACACUUGCUACAGGUCAUUCCUACCUCGGCCUGACGAGUGAAGUAUUGCGGACAGAAAAACACAUGAACAAGUAUACUACAUAUGAGCUUCCAAAUUUUCUGCGUGGCGAUGCCUUAGAGCGUCUCAAAGAGAAGUUCACCCGCGAGCGGGAACGAGCUGGGCCUGAAGACAGUAGUAAAGGCAUAGCCUUACACAAUGCUGGGGUUGGCCGUAGGCGCAGAUCUAGUAAUAGUCUGAGAAAAGAGGCUACCAUCCACUCACUGGUUUCGAAAGGUUCCCCAGCACUGACUACCGACUCCUUCGAGCCUCCUGGUCGCGAUAUAAGUACCAAUCCCAGUCCUGGCGACUUACUGACCAAUAUCCACAUGUCACGAUCCGGUGGACGACGAAUCAAUUCCCAUACUGCUCAGGCCCAUUCUGUAGCAACUGUUGAAGCGCCAGAAGUUUGGCACCAUGAUAGUCAGAGUCCACUCGCGCAGCGCACUUUUAACCCCUUCGCCAACACAUUAUCGCCUCGCGUAUCACUCCACCGCCAAGAAUCAAUUGAUGAAGACGGCAUGUUCAGGGGCUCGGUUCUGGAGUGUAUCUUCAAGGCUAUAGGCCUCACGAACACCCGAAAUGCUCUGAGAAUGUCUGACUCUGUCGAAGCUUCCCCUCGACUGGUAUCCUACGACCAGCGAAAGCAAAAGGCUGUUUUUACCAACAAUGCUUUUGGAUUCAUGGAUCCAUAUGAAGCAUCAGCAGACGGAGACAAUGAGUCUAUGACAUCUGGUGGGAUCAGCGUGGGUGGAUAUCCUAGUACCCAGGGUUUAGCCCACGAAUUAAAAGAUGAAAUCGAGAUUGUCUUUUUCCCUCAGGGUUCCGUUCUUGUUGAGCAGGGAGAGCGGAAUCCUGGUCUAUACUAUGUAAUAGAUGGUUUCCUAGAUGUGAGCGUUCCUAUUGACGAGAAGUCUGAGUCCACGGUACUUGGACCUUCCCAUCGACCACCGACGUCCAGACUUGGUGACGACGGACGUCCUCCACUCAGUCGCCUAGGUACUGGUUCAGCAAGGACAUCUACUGCGGGGAUGGCGCAUACCACUGAUAAAAAAAGAAAAGCGGCGAGUCGGAAAUCUCUGGCUUUGAUUAAACCUGGUGGUAUUGCAGGCUAUAUCGGUACCAUCUCUUCAUAUCGCUCCUUCAUAGACGUCGUCGCAAAGACAGACGUUUACGUUGGCUUUCUCCCUCGCUCAUCACUGGAGAGGAUUGUUGAGAAGUAUCCUGUGGUUCUGCUGACCAUGGCGAAAAGACUCACAAGUCUUUUACCCAAAUUGAUAUUACACAUUGACUUUGCUCUGGAGUGGGUCCAAGUCAGUGCUGGUCAGGUCAUCUAUCAUCAGGGCGAUGAUAGUGAUGCCAUCUACAUUGUUCUCAAUGGCCGUCUACGUCUUGUUCUUAACAACGAAGAGGCGGAAAUGAAAGUUGUUGGCGAAUAUGGCCAAGGGGAAAGUGUUGGCGAGCUCGAGGUCAUGACUGAGUCCACCAGACCUGCUACACUGCAUGCUAUUCGUGAUACGGAACUCGCGAAAUUUCCUAGAACUCUUUUCAACAGUCUGGCCCAGGAGCACCCAGGAAUCACCAUCAAAAUAUCAAAAAUCAUUGCAUCUCGAAUGCGAUCUCUAAUAGAAGAUCCUGUGUUUGAUCAAGGCAAGGAAAAGGUCACUGCUGCCACCAGCAAUAAAGUUUCCUCUACUUUAAAUCUCAGAACAGUUGCGAUUCUUCCCGUCACUGCUGGCGUCCCAGUAGUCGAAUUUGCAAGCAGAUUGAUGAACGCCCUAACUCAAAUUGGCGCAACUAAUGGCGUUACCUCUCUCAAUCAGGCGGCAAUAUUGAACCAUCUCGGUCGCCACGCGUUCAGUCGGAUGGGGAAACUAAAGCUAUCUCAGUAUCUCGCCGACCUUGAGGAAAAGUAUGGUCUGGUUCUAUAUGUGGCAGAUACCAAUGUGAACUCGCCUUGGACUCAGACGUGCAUCAGUCAGGCUGAUUGUAUAUUACUUGUGGGUUUAGCGGAAGGAUCUGCCGCAAUUGGAGAAUAUGAGCGUUUUCUCCUCGGGAUGAAAACCACCGCGAGAAAGGAGCUCGUAUUGCUACAUUCCGACAGAUUUGUUCCUCAGGGAGUCACGAGAGCCUGGCUCCGAAAUCGUGUCUGGAUUAACGGCGGGCAUCACCAUGUACAGAUGGCUUUCCGGACAAGCUCAGUUCCAGUUCAUCCGCAAACGAGAAGGUUUGGCUCUACUUUGAAACAACGAGUUCAGGUCCUACAAGCAGAAAUUCAGAAGUAUACUUCCCGGAGAGUCCGACAAACUCCACUUUAUUCCGCCGAUACGCCCUUCAAGGGAGACUUCCAUAGAAUUGCCAGGAGGCUUUGUGGAAAAUCCAUCGGCUUAGUUCUAGGCGGCGGUGGUGCCAGGGGCAUUGCUCAAGUCGGGAUAAUUCGAGCUUUGGAAGAAGCUGGCAUUCCCAUAGACAUAAUAGGGGGCACAUCUAUCGGAUCCUUCAUUGGAGCCUUGUACGCGCGUGAUGCAGAUGUGGUUCCAAUGUAUGGCCGUGCAAAGAAAUUUGCUGGCCGUAUGGCAAGUAUGUGGCGGUUCGCCCUUGACCUAACAUAUCCAUCCGCCUCUUAUACGACUGGCCAUGAAUUUAAUCGUGGAAUCUUCAAGACUUUUGGAAAUUCUCAAAUAGAGGACUUUUGGUUGGAAUUUUACUGUAAUACGACAAACAUCAGCAAGAGUCGGUCAGAGAUACAUACGAGUGGUUACGCGUGGCGUUAUGUACGGGCUUCCAUGUCUCUGGCCGGCCUAUUACCACCUUUGUGCGAUGAAGGAAGUAUGCUACUUGAUGGUGGUUAUGUCGAUAAUCUGACGGUCACGCAUAUGAAGUCCUUAGGGGCAGACGUGAUCUUCGCAAUCGAUGUUGGAAGUCUCGACGACGAUACUCCCCAAACAUUUGGUGAUUCCUUGUCUGGCUUUUGGGCCUUUGCCAAUCGCUGGAACCCUUUCUCAUCGUACCCGAACCCACCGACCCUAGCAGAAAUUCAAGCACGACUUGCGUACGUCUCAAGUGUAGACGCAUUGGAAAGGGCCAAGAACACCCCCGGAUGUCUAUACAUGCGCCCGCCCAUCGAUGCUUAUGGCACUCUAGACUUUGGGAAGUUUGACGAGAUCUAUCAAGUGGGUUAUAAGUUCGGCCAGUCGUAUCUUUCGCAGAUGAGGGAUCAGGGCGUGCUGCCUUUGAUAGAUGAGACAGAGGAGAAGAAGGCUUUGAGGAGGACAAUGGCUCCCCGUCGAGCAAGCAUAUAG